AUGCCUGUAUGGCUUAUAUUGACAGAUUUGUUGACGGGCUGCAAUACAUCUGAAGAGAUUCAAGUGAUUGCCCUCGAGAACCAACAAGCAUUCCUAAAUUGCCCAGGAUGUGAAGAUGCAGUUUCUGAAAAUUGGAAGUUUGUGACUCUGGAUAAUGAGGUUAGGCGCUUUUUGUGGAGGAAAACAAGAGAAGAUCGUUGCAAACGUUUCAAAGAUGUGAAGGUCAGUGACAGCGGAACAUAUACUUGCUCAUUAGAAGAUGAAAAAGGAAAUGUGAGAGAUAUAAAAAUGUUUCUCAUGGUUUUGGGACCCAGAGAUGAGCCGGUUUUAGAGUUGAGCAUGAAUUUAAGUAAAGCAGUGAGGCCAGGACAUGUAACUAUGAAGUGGACAGUCUCAAAUAUGAGACCUCGUCUGAACAGAAUGGCCAUAUUGCAAAGUUACCGUCUCGAAGAUGGCUCAACACUCGAUCUGGCGGUGCAUGUGAACAGUACCACGGACACAAAUGGAACAGCUGUUUAUGCUGUUGACCCUUCAAAAGACAAUGGAAAGAACAGAUACGCCAAGCUUGAAUUUCAUUAUCCAGGCGGAUACGAAACUUCUAUUCAGCGAGGGCCCGUACACAUGACGUACGAAGAAAUGAAAGUGGUCAACAUUGAAUUUACUGAGCAACUUGAUAAAGUGAUUCUUAAGUGGUCCACUACUGGAAGAUUCGAGAAUGAAAAGCCUACUUUUUCUGUAAGCAUUUUCAAACUUGAGAGCAAGAUGAUUGAGACGCAACAGAAAACAGAGGAAACUACGACAGACAUUCAAAUCACAAAAAGGCCGUGGAAUUUUUUGCUGGAAAUAUUGCCAUCAGCGGGUGAUUACACUGGUAUAAAAGGGGAGAAGGAAAUUCGUCUAGCCGAAAGAGUACCCGACGUCUCUCCCACUGGAGUAAUUGUGCAGGUUUAUGCAUACAACCAAGUCUACGUCAAGUUUGAUCCAAUUCCAAACAUUCAGCUUUAUGGCGAAGACAAGGGUUGCAAGGUGGAAGUCUGUGAGAAACAAAGAUUACGAGAGUGCACUUCAGUCAGCGCUCCACCACGCGUUGGAGAAGUGAAGUUUGAAAGCCUAUCCGCAUCAAAAAUUUAUCAAGCAAGGGUAGCGUGCUCUACCAGCAUCGGAUUUGGACCAUCAAGCGACUGGACUACUAUCGAAUUUCCUGCAACAACUGCAAAAACAACAACGGAAGCCAAGAAAAAAACAACGAAGCCUUUGGCUAAAGAUGAUGGCCCAAUAGUGGAGUUGAACGUCAAUGAUGGCUUCAAGUUGGUGUUGGUAUGGAAAUUCAAAUCUGCAGAUGGGAAAACUUAUGACCUGAACCUAAUAAAAAGAUUUGAGCUGCUUCAGUUUACGAAGGAGACAAGUGCACAGGAUUACACAAGAAAAGUUCUUUCCAUUGAUCCAAAAUCCGAUCAAUUUACUAUAGGGCUCUCUCCAGCACUUCUUUUUUAUUUGGGUUGCUAUUACUUUGCAGUAAACGCUACGCUUAAGGACAAUCGUAAUGUUUACGAGCGCACAGAAGAAAAGUGUUAUGGUUUUACUUCUCUUUCUUAUCUUGUGUGCUUCAUUAUUGCUGGUGUAAUAGUAGUUCUUUCCUGUAUAGCUCUUUGGUGCUGCAUAAACAGUAAGAAAAGAGUAAGCUGUUCAGAUUUACACUGCAUUAAUCAUCGCCAUAAAUUGUUAGUAUUCUGUUGA